CGGUUGUUCUUGUAGCCUUUCCUUAUCAGUUUCAACUUCUAGUUCUUCUUUGAUUCUCUGAAAUGGAAAUAUGGUCUUUUUCUCUCUGUGCCUGGUAAAUCAUGUCCACAUCUGGCUACCAUGCAUGGCAAUACGUGCCCUGCUUUCAUUGCUCAGAUGAAUUGUAAUUCAACAGGACACUUCCUGUUUGGCAUUUCCUCAUCAAACCCCAGUUUGAGCUUGAUAUAAAUUCCAUAUAUACAAUCAAUGAAAAGUUAAUGCCAAGGGCCAAAGCUGUUUCUGUGAAUAAAAGUAGCUGAACAAAAAAAGUCAGCAUUUUUUUUGGCUGUGACACCGACUAUGGCUUCCAACCAAGAAUGCCUCUUGGAAAAUGGCACAAGCAGUGAGGAAGAAGUGCACCAUGGCAGGACCGCUAGACAAUUGUCGGCUUCUGCAUUGCGCAAGAAGUCGGAUCCUGCACUGCCAAACAGUGUUCAAAAUGGACAUCUCAGGGAGUGGCUUGUUAAUCUUCAGGUUGUUCUUCUGGGGACCAAGCUUUCGGUUCUCCUUCCCACCAUUCCUCUGUCCAUUUUUGCUGUGUACUAUGGCUUUGGAAAGCCCUGGAUUUUCACUCUGAGCUUACUUGCAUUAACCUUACUUGCUGAGCGCAUCAGUUUUCUCACAGAACAAAUAUCAUACUUCACUGGUCCAACAGUGGGAGGGCUUCUAAAUGCAACAUUUGGUAAUGCCACAGAGCUGAUUAUAGCAAUAUCUGCUCUAAGUCAAGGAAAAGUAGCCUUGCUCAAGUAUUCUCUCUUGGGUUCAGUUCUUUCUAACCUUCUUUUGGUCCUUGGGACCUCUCUUUUCUGUGGUGGUCUUGCUAACCUCAGAAGGGAGCAAAAAUUUGAAAGAAGACAGGCCAAUGUGAACUCUCUCCUUCUACUUCUAGGAACAUUCUGCCACACGCUCCCAAUGCUGCUUCAAUAUGCUGGGAACUCUGCUGCAACAAAAGACCAAACACUCCAAUUCUCAAGGGCCAUUAGUAUCCUAAUGCUACUUUCUUAUAUUGCAUUCAUGUUCUUCCAGUUGUGGACUCACCGCGGAUUUUUCGAAUUGCAGCAAGUACCAGAAGUUGAUGGUGAUGAGGAUGUUGAAGAAGUGGCUGAGAUAGGUUUCUGGAGUGGAUUUGCUUGGCUGUUUGCUGUCACUGCCAUCACAGCUUUGUUGUCUGAGUAUGUUGUGGGCACAAUUGAGGAUGCAUCAAAAUCUUGGGGUUUGUCUUUCAGCUUCCUCAGCCUCAUCUUGGUACCAAUUCUUGGGAAUGCAGCUGAGCACGCAGGAUCAAUCAUUUUUGCUUUCAAGAACAAGUUGGACAUAUCAUUAGGAGUCUCUUUAGGGUCUGCAACUCAGGUCGCCAUGUUCGUGGUCCCGUGCUGCGUCGUUGUUGCUUGGAUAAUGGGCAUCAACAUGGAUCUUAACUUCGGUCUCAUUGAAACAGUGUCUCUUGCUCUAGCAGUGAUCACCACAGCCUUUGCUUUACAGGAUGGCACUUCCCAUUAUGUGAAAGGGUUGGUUCUUAUUUUCUGCUACAUUGUCAUUGGAAUCUGCUUCUUUGUAUUCGAAACGCCGGUUGGUGAGUACUCAGAAACGCUGCGAACACCACCAAACCCUCGUCAGUUUCCAUAGUUCUCCACAUACAUACAUAUAUAUUAAGUCAUAAUUUCUUUCUCACAGACCAAACAGCAUCAACUUGAGGCUAAAAUCACCAACUAUGAAAGCAGUUUUCAGAGCUUAAAAUAGUUGGGCACGUAAUAAGUUAUCUUUUCUGUGCUAUAUGCGUUGUGGUUCCGUGGAUAUAGCCAGAGGUUUAUGGUA